AACCCGAUCAUUCAAUCGAUCAUCUGAACGAUCCAUUGAUGAGCACAAAUUCAAACAGCUCACCUCGAGAGCACCAAGGAUUUCCCACAAUUUAUUACCUAAAUUUGUUUUACUUUUAUUAUAUUACAGUUAUUUUGCAGUUCUUUUCAUUGUCUCUCUCUCUCUCUCUACUUUUUCGCAGUCAUAUGCAAUUCGAAUUGCAUCAGUGAGAGGCCAUUGUUGAACUAAUCACAUGCAGAGCAUCAGCUUCAGCACAAACAAAACGCAUUUGAAUCCCAUGUGCUAUAUAUAUAUACUCUUCUCUCCAUUUAUUCUUCUUUCUAGGGUUCUGAAAUUAAAGCUGAUAAUCGCAGAGUCUUGGGUACUAACCCAAUGAGUCAAUUCGCUUUUCCUUAUUCCUUCAAUGGUGUCUUGGCAAUUUCAGAUUGGUUCACAUAGAAGGAAUAUAUAAAGAGAUUCUGAUCUGAUGUCUGAUUGAUUGGUUUUUUUUUGUUGCUCUUCUUCCUCUUCUGUUCAACGGUCUUAUUGGAGCCCGUGACUCUACCCCCUACUCUUCUUCCAAGAUUUCUAGAGAGAGAAAGUGCUAUUUUUAGAGGAGAGAGAAAGUGAGAGAGAGAGAGUGAGAGAGUGAUAUUUACAUAUAUAUAUAUAUAUAUGUAUGUAUAUUAUAUAUAUAGGGGAUUGUAGAGAGAGAAAUGUUGGCUCUGGUUGGGGGUGAAGGAGGAGGAGGAGCUAAUAUGGAGAACGAUUUCGAUUCGAAGCUGAGGAUUCAGAACAAUUCAUCAAAUUGUGGAAACGUACAGAGAUCUAAGAGCUUUGCAUUUAGGGCACCUCAAGAGAAUUUCACCAUCCAAGACUUCGAAUUGGGCAAGAUCUACGGCGUUGGUUCUUAUUCCAAGGUUGUGAGAGCAAGGAAGAAAGACACUGGAAUGAUUUAUGCCUUGAAAAUCAUGGAUAAAAAAUUCAUUACCAAAGAAAACAAAACCGCUUAUGUGAAAUUGGAGCGAAUUGUAAUAGAUCAGCUGGAUCAUCCUGGCAUUGUGCGGCUCUUUUUUACAUUUCAAGAUAAUUUUUCCCUAUACAUGGCACUCGAGUCGUGUGAAGGUGGAGAACUUUUUGAUCAAAUAACCAGGAAAAGCCGUUUGCCAGAGGAUGAAGCUCGGUUCUAUGCAGCUGAAGUUGUGGAUGCUCUCGAGUACAUACAUAGUAUGGGAUUGAUACAUCGAGAUAUUAAGCCAGAGAACCUGCUACUUUCCGCAGAAGGACAUAUUAAAAUUGCCGACUUUGGUAGCGUGAAGCCUAUGCAGGAUAGUCGGAUUACAGUCCUUCCUAAUGCAGCGUCAGAUGAUAAAGCUUGCACCUUUGUUGGAACAGCUGCUUAUGUUCCCCCAGAAGUUCUAAACUCUUCUCCAGCAACUUUUGGAAAUGACCUCUGGGCACUUGGCUGCACCUUGUACCAGAUGCUUUCAGGAACUUCCCCCUUUAAAGAUGCAAGUGAAUGGCUCAUUUUCCAAAGAAUUAUUGCCAGAGAUAUCAGAUUUCCAAAUUAUUUUUCAGAACAAGCUAGAGAUCUCAUUGACCGGUUGUUGGAUAUUGAUCCCAGCCGAAGACCAGGUGCUGGGCGUGAUGGUUAUGCUGCACUCAAGUCGCAUCCUUUCUUUAGGGGAAUUGAUUGGAAGAAUUUAAGGGUGCAAACCCCGCCAAAACUUGCCCUAGAGCAAAAGGCUUAUUCAAGUGACAGUGAUGAUGUUCAGGAUUCAUCUUGGGACCCUUCACACGUUGGGGAUGGCUCAGCUAAACAAAAUGAUGCAUCAUCUUCUGAAGCUGGUCAUAUAACUAGGCUUGCUUCAAUUGACUCCUUCGAUUCAAAAUGGCAACAGUUUUUAGAACCAGGUGAAUCUGUUCUUAUGAUCUCAAUGGUCAAGAAGAUUCAGAAACUGACAAACAAGAAAGUGCAGCUUAUCCUCACAAACAAGCCAAAGUUGAUUUAUGUGGAUCCUUCAAAGUUGGUGGUCAAAGGGAAUAUAAUCUGGUCUGACAACCCUAAUGACCUUAACAUUCAAGUCAUGAGCCCUUCGAAUUUCAAGAUUUGCACUCCGAAGAAGGUUCUAACGUUUGAGGACACAAAGCAGAGAGCCUUGCAAUGGAAAAAGGCAAUUGAGGCCCUCCAAAAAGGGUAAAUUUUGUUUGUGGUUUUGACAACACAUUCUUUUUGAUGUAACAAUAUUGUAGAGGAACGUGGGGAUCCCAAAACAGUCGGAUGAUCCCAAGCGAUUUUAUUUUUUAUAAAAAUUUAUUUAAAGAAAAUUAUUCAAGUUGCAGAACCAGCCUUUUCAAGGUGCAAACCUUCCCACCUCCAAUUUACAAUUCAAACUGGUUUGUGACAAGGGUUGUGUAGGACACUCGGGUUUU